AUGUGGCCGCUGCGGCUGCUCGUCCUGGGGGUGCUGGCGGCGGGCACCGCUGAGGCCCAGGCGAACUCCAGCGACGGUUUUCUUGAAUUUUCUGUGGGAAAGUUCACGUACUUCCUGCUCAGCAGACCCCUUCCACAGGAGGCCAUUCUGCGCCAUAUUUCAAGCAAUGUGACUUUUCUUCUUUUCCAAAUACACUCGCAGUAUCAGAACACCACCGUCUCGUUCACUAAGACCCUCCUCCCGGGCACCUCAGGCACAGGCAGCGACAGAGGGCUGGUUUUCAUUCUUAGACCCGAGCAGACUAUGUGCACUUGGUACUUGGAGACGAAAGAAGCCAAACCUGUUCAGAACAUGGCCAUUCCACUCUCCUACUCAGAAAGAGAUCCCAUUCCUGGAGGCUGUAAUUUGGAGUUUGAUUUAGAUAUCGAUCCCAACAUUUACUUGGACUAUAAUUCUUUUGAAACAACUAUCAAGUUUGCACCAGCCAACCUAGGCUAUGCAAGAGGCGCAGAGCCCCCGCCGUGUGACGUGAGCACAGGCCAGGAGUCCAGAUGGAGGCUGCAGUAUGAGGUGUAUCAGUACUUCCUGCCCGAGGGCGACCUCACUGAGGCCUCGCUGCUCCGGCAUCUUCAGAGGAUGGCCCAGGUGCCCCAGGUGAAGGCCAGUGCGGUCAAGGUGGUUACCCUGACAGCAGACGACAAAACAACCGUGUCCUUCUCUUCCCUCCCGGGACAAGGAGUGAUUUAUAAUGUCAUCGUUUGGGACCCGUUCCUCAAUGCGUCUGCUGCUUAUGUUCCUGUGCACACGUAUGCCUGCAGCUUGGAGUCAGGGGAUGGGAGCUGUGUCUCUCCUGGAAGAACAUCCACCAAAGUGUUCUCCACUGUGUUUGCCCUGCUUGGCCUCUUCGUUUGUUUCUUUGGACACAGAUUCUGGAAAACAGAAUUAUUCUUCGUUGGUUUCAUCUUUGUGGGCUUCUUCUUUUACAUCAUCAUCACCAGACUGACAUCCCUUAAGUACGACGUCCGCCUGGUCCUCACCGCUGUUGCGGGCAGCAUCGGCGGGAUCCUCCUGGUGGCCUCCUGGUGGCGAUUUGGGACCCUCAUGCUCUGCAUGCUGUGUGUUGGACUUGUGCUGGGCUUCCUCGUCUCUUCCGGGAUUUUCUUCACGCCUCUGGGAAACCUGAAUGUUUUCCGUGACGAUGGAGUGUUUUGGGUGACCUUCUCUUGCGUAGCUCUGCUCAUCCCAGUUCUCUUCCUGGGCUGCCUGAGAAUACUGAACAUCCUGGCCUGUGGAGUCCUGGGCUCCUACUCUGUGGUGUUGGCUGUUGACAGUUAUGCAUUCACCAGCCUCUCCUACAUCACUCUGAACGUCCUCAGGAGGGCGCUCAACACAGCUUUCCGAGGGGCUCUCCUCAGAGCGCCUUUCCAGACUAAUGACUUCAUCGUCCUGGCUGUGUGGGGGAUGCUGGCCGUCAGUGGGAUCACACUGCAGAUUCGAAGAGAAAGGGGACAGCCGCCUUUCCCGCCCCACCCCUACAAGCUGUGGAAGCAAGGACGGGAACGCAGGGUGACGAACAUUCUGGACCCCAGUCACCACAUCCCUCCGCUGAGAGAGAGGCUGUACGGCCGAUUCGCUCACAUCAAGGAGUUCUUUCAGAGGGAGCAGCCGGCUGGAGAGCGGACGCCCCUGCUCCUGUAGAAGGCGGAGGGCUUGGUCAGUGUCCCUUCCUCUGGCGUCCUCAUCCAGACCGCCCGGCUGCCCCAGGUCCAGUGUGGGGUCAGCUACGGUCAGUGAUGGGCGAUGGCCCUGUUGAUGUACAGUAGUAGAGUCAGGAUUAUAGGUGACGAUACGUCACCGUAACGGCUGGGUGUAGAUACUCAUUUCCUACAGUCUUUAGAAGUUACCUUUGGUUUAUGAAUAUGAUUGAUGUGUUUUAUAAACUACACCAAAAAAUAAAAAUGUCGGUUCUCCCUUAAGCCCUGUUUUCUCUCACAGCUUCUUGAGCAGUUUUGACUCAGUGUGAACUGUGGAGGUGAAGGCUGGCAGUGGGUAGUUACUUGCUUUGUGUGUAGAGAUCUUUAGGGACUUCAUUCUGGGCCCGACUGUUAAGAUUAAGGGAAAAGUAACUCCCCCUUUUCACUGAAAGCAGUCUGAUUACGUGGCUGCAUCGCAUAUUUUAAAUCAGGAAUCCUUCAUUUCUUUCAGUGUUUAAACACGUUAUUUUAAAAAACAGUGGCAAACUAUCCUAAAAUGUAUCAACAUAAAUUCCUUGUUUUGCCUCUUAGACUUGAAGUGGUAAUUUAUAUAACUAAGUUAUUUCUGUAAUUGAAAUAGCUCAAUUUAUUAAAGGUAAUAGAGCUUGUAUAUGAUUAAGUUAUUUAUAGCCCAAAUGAAGGCCUGUUUUUGUUUGGGGGCCAUUUAAAGCAGUGUUGUCUGCUGACCUUUCUCUUGAAUUGCUUAGAUGAGUGGACAUAUGUCAGGACAAGCUGGUUACUUGGUAUUGUCACCACCAUGAAACUUUUACUUCCUAGUGCUGUGGGGCAGCUGCAUUAGCGCCCUGUGAAGUUGUUGCUAAUCCACUAUUGUUACCCAACUCCUGUGCUCCGAAGCUCAGAGGGAGUCAGCUAGAACUGAGGGCUGCACCCGCCUCAGGAUGGGGUUGUGGGCUGGGAGCUGGCUCCCUUGACAUUAGUGCCGUAGCCACUGCUUUCCUGGUGCUGCUUUGAGUCUCUUCCCGGUACAGUCUGUUACGGAAAUUUCAGGUAAUGGGGGGAGUCUUUAGUUUGGGUUUUGAAAACAUGUUUUGAAGAUGAAACAUAAUGAAAAAAAAUAUAUAAAAUGAACCACUUUUGUUUAAAAAGAAUUCGUAUUCUGUUAUUAUUGUCUGGCUUCAGCAGACAAUAUUUUAUUUUUUGAAGAAAAAAUAGCCUAUAGUCAUCUCUCUCACACGCCUGUUGCAGUUGCGAGAAUGUCGGAGAAAUCCUGUCUGCCCGGACACAUGGCCAGUCAGGGCUGUAAAGGGGAAUAGGCUUUCCUGGAGGGAGAAUACAAGCCAUUUUUAAAUUUUCAUGACUUUUAACCACUUGUAUAAUAUUUGUAAUAAAUACCUAUUU